AUGUGGCAAUGCCAUGUCACACGGAUGGGAGGCGACAACGACAACACGGAACGUCAAUGGACGUUCCACCUUGACUCCAGUCCGAUGCCACGUCGCGACACGACACCGAACAAUAGGAAGUCACCUCAGCUACAGAAACUCGAAGCCACACUUCAAACCCCUGCACAGACCGAGUGUGGUUGUUUGAGCCAGACACGUUCCAACAUGGUCAUGGACCCAGUAAACUGCAUGACCGAAUACUGGACCAUGACUGGCAAAGAAAAGCCAAGUGUCAACUGGAUGGGACCAGGUUGGGCUGAUCCACGCUGCAUGGGAUUCAAAGCUCUUCAGCAGACCCAUGACACAUGA